AUGAAGCCAACCAGCAACCUCGUCAUGCUCUGCGCCGCCAUGACAUCGGCAGCGGCAGCUUCUGACGAUGCCUCCACCUCCACCAUCCAAUUCAGCCCUAAGCUCACAGCGGACGAUGCAACCACCGUCCGCAAAAGCUACAUCGGCUUUGGCAUCGAGAUGAAGAGCUUCCCCGACUACGCUGGCCGCGAUAGCUCGCCUAAUGCCUUCUCAGCCUUCCUCUUGAACCAGAUCUUCAAGGAGACCGGCGGCGCGCCGCUGCACAUCCGCGUCGGCGGCACCUCCAUGGAUAACAUGCGCUACAAUCCCGCCCUCACAUCCAAAGCCGUCGACGUCACUGGCGACCUGGACGCCUGCAGGCUGCACACCUAUGCCGAUCUCGGGACGCCUUGGCUCCGCUCGUUCCAGAACCUCGCGCCUGCUCUUGCGCCGCAGUUCACCGUCCAGGUGCCGUUGGCGCGCAAGGACGUCGAUAAUGGCGUCAAGUUCGCUGGCGCGUGCAUCGACGCGCUGACUCCCGGCGGCGGCGGGAAGAAGCGGGAUGCCGCCGACGAUGAUGACGACGAUGACGGCCAAGCCCGGCGGCUGUCGGCACGGCUGGAUGCGUUUGAGAUCGGGAACGAGCCCAACCUCUAUCCGAACUCCCCGGGCUCCGGAUGCCGGCCAAAACCGGACAGGUCGGGUGCAUGGGGACCGUCGGACUAUGUGGACGAGUGGACCAACUACGCGGGAACUUUGGCGAAUCGUGUUGGUGCGCUGAAGAAUAGUGGAGCGAAGAGUUGGUUCCAGACGCUUACGUUAUCCUCGCACGUUGAUCAUCCGGAUCAGUGGGGGCUGUCUGCAAUCGGGAAGGGGCUGAAUAAUGGUGGAUAUGUGAGGACGGUUUCACAACACUACUAUCAGGCGGACGCCACUAAAGAUCUCAAAGGGGAGCUCCUCACCCACAACACCACUGUCUCGCGUAUGCAGGAAAACUUUGGCGCCAACAUCGCCUUCGCUAAGAAAAACAACAUCCCGUUUAUUCUGGGCGAAGUGGGCAGCGCUAUUGGCGGCGAUGGCGACGCCACAAACCCAGAUCUAUACGACACACUAGGCGCCGCGCUCUGGACGCUCGACUUUCUCCUCCACGGCAUGUCUUUUGGCAUACGACGUGUCUCGAUGCAGCUGGGCACUGACUUCCGCAUAUCUGCGUGGCAGCCUUUUGACACGAAAAACCAUCCUAUGGCCGUACACGGCAACUACUACGGCCUAAUAGCCGGCGCUUCCUUUGUCGGUGGCGACGGCAAUCUCCAGAUCCGCCCACUGGACGCCGUGGAUGGCCAUCCGAACAUUGUCGGCUACGCGGGGUAUCAUGGAGGAAAGCUCUCGAAAAUCGCCGUGCUGAACCUCCAAGUCUGGGACGGCGGCGCCGGGGACAGGCCUGCUAAAGAUAUUUCCUUGGCUAAGCUUGGCGGGGACACUACGGCCGAUAGCGGUAUUACUUGGGCCGGUAGGCGUUGGACUGCGGAGAAUAACGGUAAGGAGUAUGCGGACGGUGAGAAUCCCGUGAUUAUCGGUGUCCAGAAUGGUGUGCCGGCAAGGAACAUAGUCGUCAAGGCGUCAGAAGCUGUUAUGGUUGAAAUCCUCAGGGGUUGA